AGACGGAGUGAUGACGCUGACUCUUCCUGUUGUCUGUGUCAGUGGUGGGAGGAGCCUGUGAGCUGUUAGCUGUUAGCUGCUAAGCUGUGUGAUCUGUAACGUUUGUCUUGAACUCUGUUUAUUUUGAACACGUCCUCUCAGUGACCCGCUCUGUCCGCGUGUUUCCGCUGCAGUAAGAUGGUCGUUCUGUCAAACAGCAAUGAAGAACAGGAUUAUAUCCUGAUAGAGGAGCGUAAAUGCACCUCUCUGCCCAGCUCUCCCGCCAAGCGAGUGUCUCCCUCCAAAAAGAAGCAGUUUUUUAUCAACCAAGCCAUCCGCAACUCUGACCUCACUCCUCGAGCCAAAGGCAAGAAGAGCCUCCGGCGCCUGGAGAACACACGCUUUCUUGCAAAUCUUCUUGAGAGAGAUGAUUGCUCCAAAGAUGAUCUGGAGGUUUGCAGUAACCCGGCCAUCCCCUCCAUCUUCACCGAAGCCUGCACCAACAGAAACUACGUAGAGCCAUGGAGCGACUUCAUGAAUUGCUCUGGUGAGGAGCAGGAGAGGCUGUUGUCUCUGCUGGAGCAGGAGGAGGCCAAGAAGAAAGACACCAACCGGCUCCUCAAAGACCAGAGGAAUGUAAAUCCUGCCUUCACUGCUCAGGACAGCUUCCAGAGAAUCGAUCGCAGGUUGCGAGCCACUCUGAAGCGGAAACAAAUCCCCAUGGGAACUCUUGAAGUACUUGAGGAAAAUCUCCUGAGCUUCUUCAACACUCAGCCUCGCUCAGUUUACACAACCAACCUCGCCAGCAGCUUUGAGAGGCUGCUGCUUCACGCUGUCUGCCAGUACAUGGACCUUGUCUCUGCCAGUCUUUGUAGUCUGUCAGCAAACUCUCAUACUCCCACCUACUCUUCCACUGCGUGUGCCUCAGUGAACGCUGUGCGACUCGGCCGCCAGCUUUGGUUUCCUCCUCGGCUGCAGGAAAAACUAUUGAGAAGCAAGAGGCCUCUGUCUCUAGAAGUGAAGCCUCCCUCUGACUGCAUGUCUCAGAGCUCUGACCAGCCCCUGUUCUCCUCAUCCUCCUCCUCCUCCUUCCACAUCUCUACGAGGACCCACAUUUCCACAUAG